AUAUUCGAUCGAAGUUUUCCCCUCUCCGUCUUCCAAAGCGACCAAAACGCCCCGUAAUAUUUUUGUUCUCCUAUUCCGCCAAGCUCUGUUUCCGUGUUCCCCAAUCCAUUGAAUCGAUCAUAAUCCUUCUUGGCUAUCGCCUCCGUUUCCCCAUCGCCCGCAAACCCUAACCGCAAUCCUCGCAAUGGCAUCGCCGCCACCGACCUUGUUCUCCGACUUCCCGGAGGACGUGCAGCUCAACGUGCUCUCCUUUCUCUCCCCUGCCGAGGUCUCCGCCUUCGCCUGCACCUCCCGCCGCUUCGCCUCGCUAUGCAGCGCCUCCGCAUCCGACAGCCCCGUCUGGCACGCCAUGUGCGAACGCCGCUGGGGAUCCAAGACCCUGCUUCGCUCCUGGGCCUCUGGCGCCGCCGCCACCGGCCGCGUACCCUACGCCCGCCUCUACCGCACCCUCGACCGCUGGGAGAGCUUCAUUGGCUUCUGGCGCCGCAUCGGCCAGGGCACUCCCGGCACCCUGCCUCUCGUCUUCUUCGAGUGGGGGCCCUCCUACAUCACCGGAUCCUGGGUCUCCCCCUCCGUCGAGGCGGGUACGUACGGCGUCCUCAAGGUUCCCUUCCUCUGGCUGGGCCUUUCCGCCCAUGGCGAUCCCGUGAGCUUCCUCCACCCAGGAUCCCAGUUUGAGUCACCGGGAGAAUUCUUCAGUUCGGCUUUGGGGCCAUCAUCGGAUUCCGAUUUGGUGCCAGUGACUGUUAGUUUUAUGGGCUGCAACCAUUUUGUGGUGGAGGAGAACCGGAGCUUCUAUGCGGAGGAUGGGGGUGGCGAUGGAGGUGUUUCGGAUGAGGUGGCAGAGAUAGCGAGUAAAUCGCCACCAGACCGAUUGAUGUCGGAGAUCUACCAGUAUUUUGCCAACCGGACGAGCCCGGGAGGUGACAAGGCUUCCAGAAGGCACAGGAAGAAGGAAAGGGAGAAGCUUGGGAGGAGGAGACUAUGGGAAGCUGAGCAUUUCGUGAAGAUCGUGAACUAUCAACCCACCCCUUCACGACCUUUGCAAGGCUUAUGGAAGGGGAUUUGUGAGGACAAUGUCCUGGAUUUUUACCUUGUUUCGUAUGAUGAUGUCGGUGGAAUAACUUGUAGACGUGUUGGUGAUGCGGGGGAGCUAUUCUCUGGUUAUUCCCCUGUUUUCUGGACUUCAAACGCCACAUUUCUUGAAUCCCCAUUUUCUAAAGAGGAACAGGAUCUGUAUGGUAGCCGUGAGCACAUUCGUGCGGUGGCUUCGAAUUGGAGCAACAUGGACAGGGAAGUGGUCUUACGCAUUCUCUGUAUUAACUCCAGUUAUGACCUGGUGAUUCCAGAUCUAUCUGGUUCUUCUGGUGAUCCAAGAAAUGUGGAGGGAAGGAUAUGGGAGUAUGAAGAUGGGACUUUCGGGUUCGGGUUUCUUCGGAACAACUUUAUCAUUGACCUGAAGCAUAUAACUUUAGAUGGGAUAAGGAUGCUUUCUUUGACAACUAUACUUGAAGUCCACGAGUUGUUGUAAGUAUCUAUGCCUGCAUUAGAUAAUCCAAGAGAUCAUGUCUUGGGUGGAUGAGUUGUUGGUUGAUGACAAGCAGCUAGCACUACAUUCAUAGCACAAUAUUGUUUGUCUGGCUAGACAAAUGGAUCAAGCUGACAAGCUCCAAGAAAAGAGCAGUGAGCAUCCAUAAUGCUAACAAGAGUAAGAAGAAUCAGAUGAUAGUGAUAAGAUGUGCUUAAGCCUGAAAAAGCAGCGGUGUUUAUAGGAUGAAACAGUGGGAUCAAUGGAAUUAUUUUUCGUAUGAGGCCAUGACCAAACAACACCUGGCAAUCAUGGUGCAACUUAAGAGGGAUGAAAGAGAGUGAUGCAAAAUAAUUUGAGGCUUCUGUUUACCACCCAGGGAUUGCGAUGCCAAAUAAAUAAUAGCUUGGGUAAACAAUCUAGAUGACAAUAAGUUAAGAACUGGUUGCUGGAACAUAAUGAAUUGUUAGUCUGCUCUAAUCAGAUAUGUCCUUUUCUUUUGGUGGAAAUCCAAACAUGUCCAUAAUUAAACCAUAAGGAGCAUAAAGUUUGGAUGGUGACAAAUUUGAUAAGAUAUAAUCACAGGCAAAAUAUUUUUUUUUCCAGAUACCCAAUGAAAAUAGCUAGGUAUGUAAAAGAUUGCCGUCAUCAGCUGCUAAAUCAUAAGAACCAUGAAAAGCAGGCCAAAAUCUAGCUCUUGAUGACAUGACUAUUCACCUUUAUAGAUUCUAAAAAUAUUCUGUUGUAAUUAUCUUAAGAACAACUAAUUUUCUUAAAAACAGUAUUCUGCUGUAGUUAUCUUGUCCAUGCAUAGGCAUGAACUUGGUAAAAAUUAAGAAAUCAUUGUAAAUGAUAGCCGGUUUCAACACGAGAUGUUAGAAUUUGUGCCAAAAAGAAAUCGGGCACAGGUCCAUAAAUGAGAUGGCAGAGUUGUACAGCAACACAAUAUCUCAUGAUGCAGAAACAUAAUAAAGCAAUGAUGAUGCUCAUACAAACUCUAGGCUCAGGAAUCACAAGCAACAUAUUCAUUGAGUCAGACAAUGCAUACAGGUAGAAAAGUGUUUAUCAUAUCACAAAAAUUCAACCAUUUGAAAGCAACCUGAAUGGAAAAAAAUUGUCAGAAACAUACAGAACUGAGGCCAUCAUAUAUCAUCUUUGAGUAAUGAAUUGUAUAUAAUCUAAAAGCUGUAAUGGACUGGACUGCAGAGCACAGUUUUGUGCAGCAAAUCACGUAUCAUCUUCUCUACCACCGCAUGAUUCCUCACAGCAACCAGACUGAACUGUUUUGUGCAAUACUUAGCCCUAUAUAAACAUAUAUGAAUAGUUUCAAUAAUUACAGAAGAGAAGGGAAUGGAACAGUAAUUAUACUUAAUGAGAUCCAUCCAGAUCUCAAACAGGCCAUGAAGAGGGGGAAGGUGAAGAAAGUAAUUUUUCAUUCAUUUGCUGAACAUGAUACAGAAAAGAAUCCUUAGUGAUAACUAAAAAUAAAAAGCUAGUUGUUCCUUUCAACUGAAAAUGAACUCUUAUUUCGUCCACUAUAUUUUUAUCUUUUACUUCAUUCUCAAUUGUCCUCAUCCUUGAAAUCAAGAAUAGAUCCUAGGUCUAUGAUGAUCCCACUACCCCAUUCCUGUUAUUGAUUGAUCAUAUUCAUCAAAACAAUUAAGAUUUUAUGGCUCCUAUGGUGGGUGAUUUCGAGCAUUGUGAAGCUUGAUGGAGAGGGUUUUGGGGUAUUGCAGCAAUUGGCAGCGGCUGUUCUGGUAGCUGGUGAGGGGCUGGGGGCAGAGAUGAUGGGAUGAAGAAGGAUGGUGGAGUGGUGUGGAUCCAUGGUUCUAUGAGUAGAAACUAGGGCUUCAAACAUUUUAUGAAGAAGCGGAGAAGAAGAGGAUAUCUCACUUAAGCAAGGGGUGGAGGAGGAGGGAGGCGAGGAGAGUGCCGAAUUUAGUCUCUUCUUCGGCAAGGAGAGUGGGCGAAGGCAAAUCCCAAAUGGCGGACAAGUAGAGUCGGAGGAGACCUGGGAGAGGCAAGAGCACGAUUGGGAGUGGUUAGGGUUGUUGAAAUGAUUGAACCACUGAAGCUUGUAUGGGUGAACCGAUAUAUAUGUGUAUGUCUGUGUGUGUAUCUAUCUAUCUAUAUAUAUAUAUAAGAAAUAACCUGUAUGGGUUAGUUUUGCUGUUUGGCCGGUUUUCUUGCACACCUCUAGUCCACUUGUCCUUUUUCUUUUUUCAGUUUGUUUAAUGUGCUUGCUAGCAAAUGCUCUAAAUCAUCAACUUAUUGCAUUUUUAAAUAUGUUGAAAACCUGUACCUCUAGUUCUCAAAAUGUAUUUACAUUUACUUUUUCAUCCUCCUCUAAGUCAUGAUCUGCUUCACUUUGUUUUCUGCAGUUAAUAAGCCAUUUUAAUGCUGCUGCAUCAAUCAUAUGUUUGGGGCAUGAUAAAUAGACACCGAAAGAGAUAUAACUGUAUAGGGAGUAGCCAACCUUCUUCAAAAUUUAAGGCAUACUUACAUGUAUGAGGAUCUGUUAGGACAAAUCGAUUGUGUCAUGAAAACGUGAUGCAGAAAUAGUUUGAAUAUUGAAAUAGAUAUGCAUUUUUGUGAGUGUAGGGAUGGCAAUGGGUAGGGUUUGGGUCGGAUAUUGUACAUCUUCAAACCUGAACUUAAUAUCCUAUAUCCAAACCCUACCCGAUAUCCGAUCGGGUAAGAAAAGAGAUAACCAUCCCCAUACCCAAUGGGUUCGGAAAUACCCACGGAUAACCCAUUUUUCCAUACCCAACUCAUAUCCGCUCCAUGCCUAUCCCAUACCCAAAAAAAUAAACAAUCAAAAUAAUUUUAUGCAUAUUAUCAAUCAAAACAAAAUUACCAAUUCAACAUAGAACAUAAUUUACAAGUCCAAAUUUGUAGAAAUCAAACACAGAAAUAGAAUUACAAUUCAACAUAGAGCAUAUAAAUAAUUAAAAUAAUUUUAUGUAUAUUAUCAACCAAAACAGAAUUACCAAAACAGAAUUAUAAACAUAUAUAUUCUGGUAUGGGUUUGGAUAUUACCCAUAUCCAUAGGUUCGGGUCGGGUUCGGGUUCGGGUUCGGAUAAAAAACAGCACUAUCCAUACCCUACCCAUACCCAUGCUACAGUUUUCGGAUUUUACCCAAACUCGAACCUAAACCUGGUCAAACCCUAUUUUUCGGGUUUGACCGGGUUUGGGUAGGGUGCAUACCCAUCGGAUCGGAUCGAUUUUGCCAUCCCUACAUGGGUGUAUAUAUGUGGUUAGGGGGAGGGCUGUGUGUAAUGUCAUAGAUGUAUUUUUUUUUUUAAAUCUUCUCAAAGCUAACGGAAGUGCAUUACAAGUAUAUUAGCAGGUAUAGGUGAUUGGAAUUUUGAGGGUCAAAUAUUCAACACAGAUACUUCUAGCUCAUUAAAAAAGUAAACCACUAUGGUGCUUGAGUAAUCAUUUAUACAUGAUUGCAAAGCGAGAUUUUAUUUCUGAUGUAUGCUUCAUUGAGUUUGAAACUAAGCUUGUAAAGUACUGGAUUCCAUUAUUCUUUUUGGUUAUUUUUUUCAUUAAUUUUGAGUUUUAGGUAUUUGGUCGUGGGGUUGCUAUAACAAAGGGACUUAAUGGGGUGAAUGGCAGCCGAAUCCCCCUUGUAAUGGGUCAUUAAAGAGUAACCAGCAAUAGUGAGUGAUGAUGUAUCCUUAGAGCUGUUAUGUAAUUAAUCAAGCAGGUUGUCAAAAAAUUAUAGGAUAAUGGGUCAUUGGAGAGUUAUUAGUGGUAUCCCUUGAGUUAUUAUCUGUUGAUUUAUUUGAUCUAUUAAAUAGUCAAGGUUAAGGAGUUAAGAGGUAUUGGGUUGUUAAGGACUCAUUAAUAGUAUUUCAGGAGUCACAAGUGUUUAGGGUAAUUUGGUUGCCAUAAGAGUUAAAAUAUUGCUUGCAAAUGAUGCUGCUAUACAUAAUUAAUUAUGUAUGUAACAGGUCAGUUUCUUUCUUUCUUUCUUGUUACUCCCUUGUGCCAAUCUUCUUUUCUUUCUCCCUCUUCUAUCUGUGACCCUUAAAUUUUGUUCUAGGAUGAGCUCUCAUCAUCACAUUCAUAUAAAAUUUUAGCUACUUAAGGACAUCUAAUGUGGUAUGUGGAUACACUUUCUGUUGGUUCUUUUGUCUUCCAUAAAUUAUUACAUUUCCUUCUGUUUCUCACCGCACUUUUAUGAUUAUAGGCAUGUUGUUCAUCAUUUUCCAUUUCUAAAGCAGAAAAACUUUUUUCAUCAUUGGCUAUGCUUUUAUAAUGUUGUCAUUUUGGGAACAUGUCAACAACCAUUGCUACAUAGUUUUAUCUCAGGAAAAUAACAAAUGACAACAUGGACAGGUUUAACUAUGUUAUGUAUCGGAUUUCUAGAGAUUCAAUCACUUACCUAAUAAAUGUGGCAGCUACUUACAAGCUAUCCAAUGCUCUUUCAAUUAUCUCCCCUUGGUUAAGAUAAUAUCAUUAUCAUGCGCAAAAUGAAAACAAUUUCUACUAUUUGUCCCAACAUAAUCUCUUGUUUUGCAAGGAAUAUUUAAAGAAU